AUGCGUUCCUUCGAAGUUUUCCUCAGCUCGACGGUCGUGGUGGUUCUGGCAAGUUGGUUGUAUACGACGCAAGCAGCUAUUGCAGGCAAUGGCGGUGGUUCGGUGUUUUCGUCGUCUAAGAAAAUGUGCGAUCAGCGGUACAGCGUAAACUGCCUAAAGCUGGAGCUAGUGUCCUUUCUGGAGCGUGUCACCAACCAGAAGGAAUACAACCUAAUGGCGGGCGUCAGUGUGGUACGCGACCCUGGUGCGAACAUUACCCGCACGGCGGACAUUAUUGCCGAGGUGACGCGCAUCUUCCCAACCAACCCGGAACGCCGUUUGGACGAGUUCCUGCUGACCAAGCUGAACGAUUAUCUGCAGACGCACUCGCUGCGACUGAAGUUCGUCGAUGGCGAUGCGUUCCAGAAGGCACGUGAGGUGUUUGCUGGACGGAAGGGAAAGCUGGGCAAAAAGGGAGGACUUGAGACACUCAUCGCCGGUGCCAUGAUGAUGAAGGGAACACUGGCGGCGGUUGGACUGGGAGCGUUGGCAUUGAUCGCAGGCAAGGCACUGAUGACGGGUCUGUUGGCGCUGAUGUUGGCGGCAAUCGUUGGCUUGAAGUCGCUGGCUAGCGGAGGCGGUGGUGGUCAUAAGUCGACAACUUAUGAAAUCGUAGCCAAACCGAUGUAUUCUCAUUCGCACACGGAGCAUGAUGAGGUGGGUCACGGUCACACAGGAUAUGGCGGCUAUGGUCGAUCGUACGAUCUUGCCUACUCGGCACAAAAGCCAAACUGA